AUGCCGCAUCAACAAACCCAGACGCAAGGGACCCCCUCGGCGACCUCGUACAACUCGACUCCAGAGGCUGAGAUCCCCGCGACCACAAAAAGAACAUGGUAUCGAACGGUCUUCUUCCAAGCCACAGUCAUCGGUCUUUGUGCCUUCUUCGCCCCUGGACUGUACAAUGCUAUGCAAUCGACCGGAGCCGGCGGUCAACAGACUCCGUAUCUGGUGAUACGGUCAAACUCACUCGCUGUCAGGUCCGCAAAUGCCGUCCUGGGAGUCAUGAUGGUCGUGACUUGCUCAAUGGGCAGUGUCGUCGCCAACAGGAUCGGGCUGAAGAACGCGUUGGUCUUUGGUACGACGGGAUACGCUAUAUACUCGGCCUCGCUGUACACGAACAACCGCUAUGGCAAUGAGUGGUUUGUCUAUGUGGGAUCCGCCGCUUGUGGAAUCACCGCAGGCGUCUUCUGGGCGGCUGAAGGGGCGAUCAUGAUCAGUUACCCAGAGGAUCACAAACGAGGCAGAUAUCUCGCCUACUGGCUGGCAUACAGAAACGGCGGCUCGAUCGUCGGAGGCGCAAUCAACCUCGCUUUCAACUCAACCGGUAAAACAACUGGAAAACUAGAUUACAGGACAUACGUUGUCUUCGUGGCCUUGCAAUGCCUAGGUCCGUUCGUCGCAAUGCUCCUCUCGUCCGCCGAAAAGGUUCAGCGUCAAGACGGAAAGAAAGUGGCAAAGGCAGAGCGAAUUCCAACCGUGGCGGAACUGAAGGCCGUCGGCAAGAUUCUCGUCCGUAAGGACUUCCUCUUGGUCUUCCCCUUCUUCUUUUAUGCCACAUUCUUGCUCUCGUAUGCGGGCUCCUACCUCUCGCUCUACUUCUCCGUCCGCUCCCGCGCCCUGGCGUCACUGGUCUCCGCGUUGGCCCAAAUCACCGCCAACUUCUUCUUCGGCCACUUUCUCGACUGGACCCGCCUGACCAUCAACCAGCGCGCUCGGUUCGCUUACAUCGGCAUGAUGGCCUUAUUUGGGGGGACUUGGGUGUGGGCGACCAUCAUUCAGCGCGAGUACGGCUUGAAUAAACCAGCCCUGGAUUGGGUGGAUAACGGUUUCGGCCGCGGCUGGGCACUGUACAUUCUGCUGCAGGUCAACUUUGCUUUGGCUUACAACUACGGCUACUGGCUGGCUGGGUAUAUGGCUCGUGACACUGCAGAGAUCAUCAGAUUCACGUCGACUGUACGCGCCGUCGAGGCUGCCGGCGGUGCCGUGGCAUCCGGUAUCAGUUCUACCCAUGCUCCUCUGCUGGCCGCCGUGGGAGUCAACUUUGGGCUUUGGGGCCUGGCACUCAUUCCGACGUACCUAAUUGUGCGAACCAUCGGCAUAAAGCACUCGGAAGUUGUCUCCGAAGAGGAUUCUGGGAAGGGGAUCUCUGAUUAG